AUGGCUUCCUCAACUUUUUUCCCGAGAAGGCCGUUAGCCUCACCGGCCGCCUGGAUCAAGUCACUCGUUCUGAUCGCUAGCUUCGUCAUCUUUGUCGAGUUCUCGUUCUCUCAGAUCAUGGGUCCCAAGUCUGGUUCGUCAAUGCUGGCCGCGCUGGCCAUCCUCGGCAGCGGUUCCGAUAGAGUCGUCAACGCAGUCGGCGCCGGCGGUGUUGACCUGAGUUGGCACGCCCCUUCGCAGACAGAGGUCAACAACCUUGCCGCCGUGAUCAACGGUAAGGGCGUCUGGGGCUUCAUCUACAACACCUCAGAAACGCCGGACGAGAAGUAUGGACAGUACAACUGGUGCAACAUGCCUCAUGUCCGCAAGACGGAGUAUAAGAAAGCGUCGGAUGAGUAUGAGCUCAAGUACGUGGAAUUGGUCCACCGCCACCAUAAGCGCACGCCGUACGCCUCCAAUGCAUUCCCAGUUGAAUCAUACCAGUGGAACUGUGAUGAGCAGGGCCUCUUUUACUACGGCGAGCCCUUCGCCAGCCGUAACAAGCCGGCCAAGACCUACUGGAAGGUCUACAUCUCCCCCGUCAAUCCCUUUGUGCCGGCUGGCUGGAUUGGAACUUGCCAGUUCCCGCAAAUCACCGCCCAGGGCCUUGAUGACUCCUGGGUCCACGGCGCGGACCUGUUUGGCGUCUACCACGACCUCCUUGGCUUUCUUCCUUCCAAGGAAACUGUCAACUCGGCCGAGUGGCUGCAAAAGGUCAAAUACCGCGUCACGAACAACCAAAUCACGAGCCAGGUCGCGGGCAUGCUGGUUAACGGCAUGUGGUCCACGCCAGACUCCACUGGUCUUAACAUCCAGGCUGCGGGCGUUGAUUCCCUGGAACCGCAGUACUCCUGCCCGGCGGGCUCCGCGCUCUUCAACAGGAUCAAGUCAUCGGCCAACGCGCCCUGGGCACAGCACCUCGCGGCCGCGAGACCUUUGUACGCCACCCUGGAUGACAUCUCCGGCGUUCCCACCGACGACUCCGGAUUCCACGUGAGCCUGGACCACUACUACGACAACCUCUCCGCGAGGCAGUGCCACGACAAGCCCCUCCCCUGCAAGCUCGUCAACGGCGCCAACAGCACCACCUGCGUGACGCAGGAUCUCGCGGACGCCGUGUACCGCCUGGGCAACUGGGAGUACUCGCAGAUUUACCGCGAUGCGCCCGACUCCCUUGCCGCCAGCGUCGCGACCUGGGGUGUGUGGGUGGCCGAGCUCGCCACGCAUCUGCGUGCCGUCAUCAAGGGCGAAAGUGAGACCAUCUACUUCCACAACGUCGCGCACGACGGCUCCGUUUCGAGACUGCUGUCGAUCCUGCAGCUUGACCACAUGGUCUGGCCCGGCAUGGGCUCCGAGGUGGUGUUUGAGCUGUACAAGAAGAAGGAGACGAGCGAACAGCCGCCCGCGCCGACGCCGACUAUUGUUGCGCCGGGAUGCAGCCGGAAUAACUGCCUGCGCCAGCUGAUUCGCGAGAGUGCGUCCGCAUCGGCGUUCUGCCCGAGUCUCACCGCCACUGCGUCGUGGACCGAUCCCCUGCCUACGUGGGCGGCGAACUGCAACGGUGAUGUCGCUGCUGUGUCGUCUGCGUGCUCCUGCAUCUACUCCCCUGCCACCACCACUGCGGCUGCGGCUGCAACGGCCACGGCCACGGCUGCGCCGGGCGCGGGAGCCGGGGAGAGCGGGUGGUACAUUCGUGUCCUCUGGAGCGGACAGGUAUUCAAGUCGUCCAACCCGUCGCUUGGUCUCAUGGACAUGAUUCCAGUUGAGACUUUGCUGGCGUACUUUGACGGCCUUGUAGGGGAGAACGCUAGCCUGGUCAAGGGCAAGUGCAGCGCCUGA